CAUGAGGUCAAGGGUUAAAGUUCAUUACAGUCUACGUGUGUAUUUUCUAUCAUGACAGGUAUUGACGGACACGAUGAAAAGGAUAAGUACAUGUACCUCGCCCGACCCUAGUUUUUACCUCCGACCCUAGCUUUUUUAAUCUCACUCGAACGCACCUUAAAAACGCCCCUUUUGAAUGUACCGAAAAUCGGAGCGUCUUUCUUACACUGACCCCUCUUUUUCAAAGCACAUUGGCCACGGGACAUUUGAAGAAGACAAAUCAGUUACAGAAGAUGACCAAAGUUGCUAAAAGUAAAAAGGGAGGGAGGAAGCUUUACACCUUUUCUACUCCAUACAGCCAGUCCACGAUUAAUCAGUCCACGGAGACCUCAGACCCACCUCAACUGACCCAGACACUGGAAAAUGACAAAGGGUAUUUCAUUGACAUGUGCGAUAUAUUAGGUGGGACUACAACUACACACGGGAAUCUUAUACCCGAAGAAAGGGUAACGUCAUGGACGAAAAAACAUUCUCGAUGUCCCAAGGAAACUGCAAACUAUGGAGGUACAUGUAUACAAAUGAAAAGUGAGAAACGGAGAAUGACGACAUCGACCAUUGUAGUGGACGGGUUAGGGAUUGCUGUGCAUCAGAAGCUAGUGUCAGCUUCUGUAACGCAUUCAUCUAACCAAUCAAGAAGAACUGCUGAUAAGAAAAUGAUGAACUUGAACGUUCUUGGAACCAUUUUCAAAAUGAAACACGAGUUGGACAUUAUACGAGAACGCCGGCUUGUAUUGGCAAAGAAACAACGCAAUACAUCAACGACGCAAGAGGAAUGACCUUCAUGUAUGAUUCACGCUUCUUGUCAUGGAUAACGAGGAACGAAACACAAUUUAGCACUGCAAUGAGGAUGUACUUAAAAAAAGAAGAGCCCCAUUUGACAUUAGGCUAGUCCUAGUAGCAAACAGUAAUCCUGACCGCUUUUAUAUGUUUUGUUGUAUCUGGAUCAGUUAUGGCCCAUAGGUAAAAUGCCGGCGUCUUUGUAAUUGAUUGUUUUCUGUUAUUCUUCCUGGUUCUUGAAGCUUGAUGAAAUUCUAGUUUUACAUCUAAACAUUAUGUAAUAGGUCUUAAUCAAUAAUGUCCAUUGCUUACAAAGAUGUUCUUAUACUUUAGUUGACAAAUGGUACACUAUACCGGUAUCUUUGUUGAUGUUGUGUCUAAGGUUACAUUGUAACUGUUGCUAUAUCCUGUCCUACAUUUGCGUUGUUACAACUUUGUAACUUUGUUACGUUUUCAUUGUUGUAAUUUGUGUAUGUUUGUACUUUGCUUUAGUUAUAGAUGUUGUCUAAGGUUACAUUGUAACUGUUGCUAUAUCCUGUCCUACAUUUGCGUUGUUACAACUUUGUAACUUUGUUACGUUUUCAUUGUUGUAAUUUGUGUAUGUUUGUACUUUGUUUUAGUUAUAGAUGUUGUGUCUAAGGUUACAUUGUAACUGUUGCUAUAUC